AGCCGACGAGGGAGGUGGCCUUUUUUGUAGUCCUCUUAGGAGCGUCCGGAGGUAGCAAAUGGAGUUUCUGCAAAGAAGGCGGGCGUGCCUUAGGCUUUCCUAAACUUUCCCGAAGAGAGGCGGGGAGCUCUCAAAGUGAGAACCUGAGUUUUGAGGAGUCCCCCAAAAGGGAGAGCCGGUAGUGGAUGCGAUGCUCCGAGAUGGGGACUGUGACUGGGUGGCUGGGGGCCGGCUUGACCUCCAGGCUCCUGGAAUCCUAACCCUCGCCUUCCUCGGAGUUUAGAGCCGGUGGUAGGGAACGGGUCCAGACUCGGAAAAAACCCGAGCAGCUGAGCAAGUUACAAAGAAGCCAUGACCCUACAGCACAGGGACUCCCGAGGAGGAGUCCAGGCCCGAGAAGCCUCCUUAGGGUCUUAGGCUGUAGAACUAGAAGGAACUCUGGGGGCCACUGUGCAUUUGAGAAUAUCGAGGCCCAGAGAGGGAGUGCGACUGGAUCAGUGUAACACAGCUACUUAGCGCAGAACCGGUAGGAGAACCCAGGUUUGCGGACUCCCAAGUCCCUAGGUCCUUUCCAUCACACCUGUUGCUUGUACUCCCCUCCUUCCUUCGAAUCGAUAGAAGAUGUAGUGGAGCCUAGGGGAGGGAAAAGAAAAGGGGGACGCUAGAUUCCGUGAAGCAACAAGAAGUUCAAGAACCACGUGGAAGAUGGCAGACAUCUUACCCCAAAAGGAGCAGUGUCCCUACUGUAAGAAACAAUUUAAACGGUUAAAGACUCAUUUACCUUACUGUAAGAAGGAAAGAGCCAUUCUUCCUUUUAAUUCAGACAUCACUCAUUCCAAGGCAGUUUUGUUCCAAGCCCCCAAAUCAAAGGAGCUACUGACAAAAAGUGUUGGUGAAGAGGCAUGUAAAAAAAGUCAAAGUAAAAGAAGAAACACUAACCUUCCAAAGGGUAGACUACAUGGUGUUGACUUAGAAAUGAGAACCGCUGUGCAGAUGAGUGAGGAUAUAAAGAAGCAAAUGAAAAUUAUCCCUCAAAUGACACUGAAUCCUAUUAGACCAAAAAGGGUUGUGUUUCUGGCUGAGAAUGGGCGUAUGCUCUCUGCAGCAAAAAAAUAUUCCAAAGCAAAAUUCACAAAAUAUUUACCUAAAUCAGGGGAAAACAAGAGCAAAAAUCCUUCAGAAAUGUUGCGGGGGAGCCCUUCCAAACAGCCUUCUACCAGUGAAGAUAAAAAACAUUUUUCAAGCUUGCUAAAUGAUUUCGGAAUUGAGCACUCAGGACAGAAAUUGCCGACCGAAACAGUGGACUUGCCUUUCAGUAUUUGUGAGAGUUUUCCAAGUCUCGAUAGGAGGCAGAAUCCAUAUGCAACUUUACAAAGCAAUGAGAAAGUUGCUAAAGCUAAGGACCGCAUUUCAGAAGCUUUACACACUGUCAAUAACUCUGAGACCCAGAGAAAAAUCACAGGAUCAUUCUUCUCAGCCAAUUAUGGAAACUCUUCAUUGUACAAGACACUUCAACCCGGGGGAAUGGAGAACCAGCACAUCAAACACAGAGCAAAGAAAAAAGAGUUUCACUUUGGGUUAGAGGCAGCUGGAAAGGUUAGUUGCAAUAAAGGAUUUGAAGGCAAUAAAUCACCUGAGGUAGAAAUAUCAAAAUCUGAUUACAUGAGAGAUGGCCCCAGGAAACAAAUUAAUAAUGAUUUAGCUGCAGAAAAGACACCUCACCGUGACAAUCCUGAUUCACCUUUGUUCCCUUCAGGGAAGCUAGCUUAUGACGAGGCUCUUUCUUUGGCAGAUUUAGGUAACCAAAGCCUCUCUACUUUGGUUUUAAAAUAUCUACAAGAAGAGGAAGAUGAGUACAAGGCUUCGGUCACUCCAGCUGAUCCAGUAGAGAAUAAGAAACCAGUAUCUUCCGAGCCUGACCUUGAACCCAAGACUUGGACAACAUACACUGAAUGUCAUCAGCAGCCUUUAAACCCAGCCUGCCAUUGUGCUCCUAAAAACUUGACCAGUGGUCAUGUUGAAGCUACUGGCAGCAAAAGUCCACCUUCGUCUUUGGGGUUAGAGUGGUUUCCAGAAUUCUAUCCUGCGUAUCUACAUCUGGGGGUGUUACCAGGGAGACCUCAGAAGGGGGAUAUUGAGGUCCAGAAACGUCACCACAACUUCCCAGAGGAAGAAAGAUUCACAAAAGCUCCUCUUUUGGAAAGAAGCGUGAUGGAUGUAAACACUGGAAAGCCUCCAUCUUGGUUUACAAUCUCCAAUUUCUCUUUAAUGGGACUGCUGGGAAAAGUACAAAAAGCCUGGAUUAAAUACCCAAAAUAUGUCAGCUUGAAGAAGGGUAGCGUCGGUGGCAUCACCAUGCUCUUUGCUGGAUACUGGGUCCUUUGCUACAGCUGGAGUUUCAAGCACCUGAAGUUGCAGCGUUGGCGCAGGCACCACUGAUCUGGAUACCACGUAUCAUGUCAAGAGUUCUUCUAAUAGACUGGAAGAGAUACAGUGAGAACCACUGCAAUUUAUGUAGAAGCUUAAAAUUUCAAUUGGGAAGUGGGAGGUGGAACAGGAAAGUUCCUGAAGCAUAUUAAAAAUAUUAGUGCUACAUGUAUGAUCUAUAUAAAAUUGUUUGCCUUUAUGGGGGAGGGGAGGGAGAGAAUUUGGAACUUAAAAAAAAAGAAUGUUAAAAAUUCUUACAUGUAAUUGGAAAAAAUAAAUAAAAUAUAAUUUCU